AUGUCAUCAUCGUCAUCAAGUCAAGCCCCAGGCGGUUUGAGAAGUGCUGUCAAGAGAAAAUCAACAGCUGAUAAGAAAGCACAGACAUCAAAUGCUACCCCAUUGAGUACCAGGUCUGCUGGAGCUGGUGGAAGUUCGUCCACCAUGAUGAAGUUGUUCACUGAUGAAGCUCAAGGUUUACGUGUUGAUCCAUUGGUUGUGUUGUUUUUGGCAGUUGGUUUUAUUUUCUCCGUUAUCAUUUUGCAUGUGUUUGCUAAAUUGACUGG